AUGGUGACCCCCACCACCUCCUCUGAUACUUUAAUCACUCCUCCAUUUCCCGUCCACAUCUCACAGUCAACCUCCAAGCCCACGACGGUGGCCAUGGAUAUAGACAUACUGUCGCCGGCCGAGUCUCCACCACCUGUGGUCCCGAAACUCCUCCGUGAAGCCAGUGACAUCACAUGGCAGGAAUCUCUGGAAUCUAAAAAAGGCCAGGUUGUGCUAGUCUGGCGGCACGGUCGUUUCCGCCUAUUGCACCAGCAGCAAUUCAAAAACAGCUUGCUCGCCGGUGUCGGGUACCUCGAGCUAGCUAACGCCGGUGACUUCGCUGCCAACGUCUGGAACCAGGUCCCCGUUCCAAAGUUUGCUGCUGUGCUUAUGGGAAUUGGGGGCGUACUGGCCUUGGGAAUGAUGUUGGUUGCUAUUCAUGAUUUUCGACUGAGCUGGAUAAAUAUCAAGCUGCUGCGAGCGGAGCGAGAUCAGCUGCAGCGUCUGCGCCAAUACCACGCCAAGAACACGGAGCUAGCUAAACUCCUUGACAGCCGGCUUGGGGUGGGAGUCCGUGAAAUUGGCACUGAAGUUAUUGACCGGAUGCUGAUGGAUGCGCUGAUGGGGUUCGGCUCGUUGUUGGUCGGCGUUGGCACUUUGAUGGCCAUUGGCGGCGCCAACCCCCGCGUCUUCAAAGCCAGUAAUCUACUUUCUGGGUAUAUUGGAAAUGGCCUAGCUGCAGGCUUUGGCCUUGUCAAUGCCGUCUGGUCUGGCUCUCUCUUUUAUCGGUUCCAUGUGCACGACGCUGCUGCUUUUGCCCACGAGCCCAGUGACGAUAUCCGUCGCCGUCUGCAUACUCGGUUCCGUCGCUUCCAAUGGCAUGCUGGCGUCAAUGGGAUAACUGGUCUUAUUGCUGGUGCAGCUUCAAUGGUCACUGCCGAGCGUUGGUGGGGAUAUGUUGUCCUGAUCCCGUGCAUUAUUUCUUUUAUCCUAUGCAACUAUUUCUGGCGAAAAAAGCUGGGUUAUGAUCGUGCACUUCUUGGAGAUACAUCACCAACAGAAAUACAGGUGACCUCGCUCAUUGAAGACCUACAAUACGUGAUUGUGAUGCAGCGCGCUCUCGCCGAUCCUGAACAUUCCGUACCGCAGGCCAUUGUCCAAACCGACUCCUUGGACUCGAUUCUUCGCUUCAUUGUCCGUGAAAAUAUGCUUGAAACCUACUGCGAGUCCCUCGCCCGCGACAAAACCACCCGCCAUCUUCUUGCCGCGUUCCCGUCCCUAAACACUUCUCCUGGCCAAAUUACCAUCUCCCUCGACACCCUCGUUCGCCUUCCGCCCAGCCACAUACGGCUAAUCCUGGAGCACGCAAAGAAAUUUCUACGAACGACUGGUGUCUGCGUCUUCACAUAUCGCGAACGCUACCUGCUUGAACUUCUGGGUCACGCCAUUUGUCAGGAUCACCAAAAAGGCACAACAACUACACAAGAUGACACGAUAGAGCACGCUUAA